AUGAGCGUUUCCGUGCAGAACAUCUUUCCUCUCUUUCAACAAUUUAAACAAGCCAUCGAUACGAAUCAGAAUGCUCAAGCUGUUCAACAAUUGGCACAGCUGAAGAAACUCUUCACUCAACUGCCAUCAUUUCUUGCAGUGGCUUCUGGCUUAGUGUAUGAACUUGUUCUCAAUGAAGACACAAAACAAGAAAUUCUAUUGACUCGAGAAAUUCUUGAGCAUGCUGUGAUUUUGAGCGCAAAAUCAAAAGAUUUGGAGCUUUUCGAAAGAAAUGUCAAGCAAGUGAAGGCCUACUAUGAUCUUCGUUUACCUGGAAUUAACAAGAGUACUCGUGAAGAGUUAAUUCUUGGAUUAAAUUUAUUGAGAUUAUUGGCCCAAAAUAGAAUUGCCGAAUUUCAUACCGAGUUGGAAUUGAUUCCAAUUGAACUUCACAAGAAGAGCAUGUACAUUAAGCACGCCAUCCAAAUGGAAUUAUUCUUGAUGGAAGGCUCCUACACAAAAUUAAGAAGUUUAAGAGACAAGGCACCUGCUCCUGAAUAUAAUGUCUUUAUGGAUUUGAUGAUUGACACAAUAAGAAAGGAAAUUGCAGACUGUACAGAACUUGCCUAUGAGAAAAUUAGUUUGCUAGGCAUUCAAAAGCUUUUACUUUUCCAAAAUGAAAAUGAAGCCAGAGACUUUAUUGCCUCUAGAAUGAUGUGGAGCAUUGAGAAUGAUCAAGUCGUUUUUGAACAAUCCACAGAAGACAAAAAGACCUUCCAAGGAGCCAACAGAGAUGUCAUUACAAGGACUCUUUUCUAUGCCAAGGAUUUGGAAAGAAUUGUAUAA